AUGACUGAACACGGGCUUGCACCUGCUCUUACUGAAAUACCUCCUAUAGCUCCAGUUAUCAGUGGGGAUCCCAUGCAUCAGAUGGAGAGUUAUCUGGACACCACUGUUGGAACACAGUGUACUACUAAUUAUUCACAAAUGGUGACUCAUCCCAAGAGAUAUACCAGAUGGCCUUCUUGUCCUCAGUACUGGAUACAACAAAUUAUAUUGGUGCAAGUUAACCCUGGGGAGACCCUCACCAUCAAGUCUGAUGAUGGGGACAUUCAGAAUAUUCAAGGACCUGCCGAUGUACCUCUGAUGUCACCAGGUGGUACUUUGCCACCAAUAUAUCUGCCUCCUGGUUACACGUUUCAGGUGGUGGAAGAAAAUGGGAUUCGAAAAAUUAUCAUCGUGCCUCAGACAACUGACUACCACAUGACCAUGUCUGCUCCUCUACAACAAGUAUCACACAUCAUUGCACCAGCUUCUCCUUUGUAUCCACAAGCCCCUCAACUGAUGUAUCCCUCAGCUCAAGGGGAGUUUCUACCACCUUACAUCCAAGAGGCUGUGCCACAGCAGCUGCUGCCACCACCAGCAGCCUUUAUAUACCAUGAGCAGCAUGAAACCUAUUCCCAUAGAAGAGCAAAUUACAACCAAAUUGAUGAAAGGGCUGCUAAAACGAGAGAACAUAUGAAGAAAAAAAUGAAAGAACGCCAAAUUGGUGAACACAAGAAUAUCAACACCUCAUUGCUUUUGAACAAAGAUAAAGAUUUUUCCAGUAUUCCUGGUACUCCAAGCACCUACACUGUUGACAGUACUUCAGGCACCUACACUGUGGACAACACUUCCAGCACUUACACUGUGGACAAUGCUCCAACACUUGUAUCUGACGAUACUCACUACAAUUCUUCCACUGACCGUGCUCCUAGUGCUUCCAUCACAGACACUGCUCUGAACCCUUCCACCACUGAAAAUAGUGUUCAGAGCCCUUUCAGCACUAAUUAUGCCUCUGAGACGUCCACCUCUGACCGUACUCCCACACCGUCACCUAGUCACAGCAUUCCAAGCUCUUCCAUUUCUGACAAUGCUCCCAACACUCCCAUCUCUGAAAGUGUUCCCACUACUUCUGCCACUGAUGGUUCUCUCAAUAUAGACAAUGCUGCCAGCACUUCCAAUGCUGCCAGUACUCAUGUUGAAACUAGUCAUGGAAACAAAUGGAAUGAUACAGGAAGUGGAGACAUCAAGCAGAAACCUGGUGGAAAACAAAGCAAGAGCCCAUCAUCAAAUACUAUAGAAAAAGAAUGCAGAACAGAACAUGGAACGUCAUGCUGUUUCAGCAUUGAGAAGCCUGUAAUUUCUGAUAUUCAAACAAGAUCUGCUGUUAUUUCAUGGAAACCACAUGGUUCUGAGAAAUGCAAUCAUACUAAAUCUCCUGUAACAUUUGAAUUAGCAAUAUCUAACAAUGGUAAAAAUGGAAAAUAUAAAAAUGUGUAUAUUGGUGAUGCAGUUACAUUUACUGUACUUGACCUACAGCCAUCCAUGGCCUAUUUUGUAAGAAUUACAACCAUAAGAGACUCAGCACACAAAACUGUGUCUGAAGUGGUUAGCUUCACAACUCCAGGUUGCAAACCAGACCCUCCACUUGCACCCAAACUGAUUAACCGAUCCAAGAACAGCCUGAAUUUAUAGUGGAAAGGUUCCAAUGAUAAUGGUUCCAAAAUAAACAGCUUCCUUUUGGAAUGGGAUGAGGGCAAAGGUGAAGACUUCAAAAGUUGCUAUAUAGGUACCAUGAAACAGCACAAGAUCCUUAAACUGAAUGCUUCUAUGAAAUAUUCAUUCAGAUUAGCUGCCAAAAAUAACUUUGGCUUGAGUGAUUUCAGUGAAAUAGCAGUCUUCCAUACAUCAGGAACUAUGCCUCCAACACCUUCACCCCCUAAGCUGAAAGAAGCAGGAAUCUGUAAUUUGUCACUAGAAUGGUGUGCCCCAACUAACACAAACCCAAAUGACAGUCUUACUUAUGUACUAGAAAUGGAGGAAGCAGGAUCUGGGUUAGGUUUUAAACCUAAGUACAAUGGAGAAGGCCUUUCAUGCACUAUAAGAAAUCUUCAGAGAAGUACUACAUACAAGUUCAGGAUCUUUGCCUACAGUAUGGAAGGAAGGAGCAAACCCAGUGGAGAAGUAAAAUAUACCACCUGUCCAGAUAAGCCUGGAUCCCCUAAAAAACCAUAUAUAAAGGGAAAGAUCCAUGCACACAGAGUAAAAAUUGGAUGGGGUGCUUGCAAAGUGUGGGGAUCAGUGUUCCUACUGGAAACAAGAACACGUGGUUCGUGGGGGACCUGCUCUGAGUUCAAGAUGGCUGCGUGGUGGACCGAUUUAGACGAGUCCGAUGAGUUUUCUGCAUUUGACCAGGCAGCACUGCUACAGAAGCAGGUGGAGGCAGGGCCUCUGCAGACCUUCCAGCAGGGGAGCUCUGGGAAGGCGAACUUAUCGGUCUUCCAAAUGUUGGCCAAGGGCUCUUCGGGGAAGGCUUACCCGCCUCUUCAAUUCUUCGGCGCCGUUAGCUCCCGGCUAGACCGGCCUCCCUCAGCCUCCGCGGGGCUGGCGGGCGGCUGGGAAGCGGCCGCCUGCGGAGCUUAUGCCGGCGCGGUAACCCCGCCCUCCGCGCACGCAGGGGUGGAGCCUGAGCGAGGAACCCGCCAGCUGCCCUCUCUCUCCAGAUGA